CGCACGGCUGCCCCAGGAUGCAGCACCGAGGCUUCCUCCUCCUCUCUCUCCUUGCGCUGCUGGCGCUCACCUCAGCGGUGGCCAAAAAGAAAGACAAGGUGAAGAAGGACGGCCCAGGGAUACAGUGCGUGGAGGAGUGGGCCUGGGGGCCCUGCACCCCCAGCAGCAAGGAUUGCAGCGUGGGCUUCCCCGAGGGCAGCUGCGGGGCCCAGACCCAGCGCAUCCGGUGCAGGAUCCCCUGCAACUGGAAGAAGGAGUUUGGAGCGGAUUGCAAGUACAAGUUUGAGAACUGGGGUGCGUGUGAUGGGGGCACCGUCACGAAAGUCCGCCAGGGCACCCUGAAGAAGGCGCGCUACAAUGCCCAGUGCCAGGAAACCAUCCGCGUGACCAAGCCCUGCACCCCCAAAACCAAAGCCAAAGCCAAAGGGAAGAGAAAGGACUAGAGGCCAAGCCUGGCUGCUGAGGAGCCCCUGGUGUUACCUGGGGCCUGGCCCACGCCCUCCCUCUCCCUGGCCUGAGAUAUGACCCGCCAGUGCCUUCUGUCUGCUUGUUAGCUUUAAUCAAUCAUGCCCUGCCUUGUCCCUUUCACUCCCCAGCCCCACCCCUAAGUGCCCAAAGUGAGGAGGGACAAGGGAUUCUGGGAAGCCUGAGCCUUCCCCAAAGCAAUGUGAGUCCCAGAGCCCACUUUGUUCUUCCCCACGAUUCCAUUACUAGAAACACAUUAAAUAAACUGAAUUCUUCCCCC